AUGGCUUGCUGCUCCUCGACCGCCAACUGCUCGUGCAAGGCCAACGGCUCCGCCUGCACCUGCACCCCCGGCAACUGCUCGUGCAAGGGCUGCGACAGCUCCUGCGCCUGCUCCAACGCCAACACCAAGAAGGGCUGCAAGUGCGAGGCCGAGGGCGAGACUUGCAAGUGCACCAAGGACUGCAAGAACUGCGACUGCUGCUAA